AUGGACCUUUUGGGUGGUCGCGAUCCUCCGGGUAUCGGCGCGUUCAUCUUCAUGCGCGAAACACAUCCCAACGCCCUGUUAGAACGCAAGGCCGUAUACUUGCGACGCGCAACCGGGAACCCGCACCUCCGAUCGAAACUCGAUCGUGGUCUCACAAAGCAGCAGAUUAUUGUCGCCGCCCUCGUACGCCCCACCAAACUCUUGAUAUUCUCGCCGAUCGUCCUCAUCUUGUUCAUCUAUGUGGUCAUCAUAUUCGGCCUUCUUUACCUCCUCUUUGUCACCUUCAACAUGGUCUCCGAGGGUCAGUAUGGAUUCAGCACCGGCAUUUCUGGUCUGGCCUACCUGGGACUAGGUCUUGGCGAAUUGUUGGGCUUGCUCACAUUUGGCAUUCUGAGCGACCGGCUUUUGAAGGCGAAAAUGGUAGCGGACAAUUUCCAGGAGUCUAAGCCCGAGUAUCGACUGGUCCUGAUGAUGUGGGUUUCGAUCUUUGGGACGUUCAUUGUCGGUUUUGGAGCCUUCUUCGUGAUCAUGCCCUCCCAGUUGUACCUGGUAGAUCUGUUCGGGUCGGAUGCGGCGGCAUCUGCGAUAGGCGCCAACAUUCUCCUCCGCUCGAUGUUUGGUGCCUUCUUGCCCCUUGCUGGGUCGCAUAUGUUUUCGACUCUCAACUACGGAUGGGGUAAUGCGCUGUUAGGAUUCCUGGGCACUAGCAUUUGCGCCCGUGCCAAUUUUGUUCUAUCGCUAUGGAGAGUGGCUGCGGAGUCGGACAACAGUGACGCUGUGAAAUCUCUGCGAGACGUUCAUAGAUAA